AAGUCAGAACCUAAAGCAGGUCAAGGAAGGAAAAAUAGGUCCAAAGCCCACGCGCGGCACCCUCCUCCAAAACCACGAGCUAAACGGCGGCGAGGGCACGAGCCAACGGCGACGAGAAAGCUACACAACCCGGCGGUUAUCCCACGCCCCACCCCGCCGUCCCGCAUUCGCUCCCAUCCCCGCGCCACCCGCCGCCUUCUCCCCGACCGAAUCAGAGGGCCUCCUCGGCUUCUCGCCUCCUUUAAUCCUCUCCCCACGCGAAACCGUGGGCGCUCUCGUCUCCCUCUGCUCCUCGCUCCUCCGCCCCGUGGCACCCGGCCCUCCAAAACCCUAGCCGUCGCCGCCUCUCGAUCUAAUGCUGUGACCUCCCGACACCGUCCCCGCCUCCUCGCGUCGCGAUGGAAGGCCCCGUCCCUGCCCCCUCCUCCUCCUCCGCCGCACCCGCCGUCGCUAGGGUUCCGGCCGCCGCGCCCUCCGCUGCCGCGGCCCCGCAGCCUCUCGCCGCGCAGCAGGCGCCUGCCGCCGCGGUUGCGGGAGCAGCGGCGGGGUGCCGCAGGCAGGUGUUCUCCGUGGAGCUCCGGGCCGGGGAGACCACCAUCGUGUCGUGGAAGAAGCUGCUGAAGGAGGCCGGGCACGCGGCGGCCCCACCGUUGCAGCCGCUGGCAGUGGUGCCCGCGGAGCCUGCAGUUGCCGCACAACCGGGCCCGCCUGCUGCGGCACUCCCUGCAGAAAAUGACCCAGAGGAUCCAGCGCAGCCAAAUCGGUUUAAUGCCGUUAUCGAGAAAAUCGAGCGCCUUUACAUGGGUAAACAUAGCAGCGAUGAAGAAGAUCUUGAUGAUGUACCGGACGACGAUCAAUAUGACACUGAUGAUUCUUUUAUUGAUGAUGCUGAAUUGGAUGAAUAUUUUGAAGUUGAUAAUUUGACGACUAAGCACACUGGUUUUUUUGUUAACAAAGGGACAUUGGAACAGAUUGAACCUGGUACAUCAGCAAAUGUCGCGCCAAAGAAAAGGAGAAGCAAAGACCAGUCAGUUGAUCGUAUUGAAAAUAGUCAGGGUGCUACAGGUGAUUAUUUGAAGUCUGGGAAAGCAAGCGGUCUGAAAAAAGUAGCUACUGGCAAUGGUGAAUAUUACCAUGAAGGCAGCAGAGGAGUGAAGACUAAACCCAGCACAACCGGAGUCCUAAAAAGGAGAUCGACUGAUUUUGCCACAGGUGUUGAUUCUACAAAACGUACAAAGAUAUCUAGUAAGGAUGUGUCAUAUUCCUCUUCAAAAGAGCUAAAAGACCUAGAAAAGUAUAAAGCUCCGGCAUUCCAGCCUACUGAUUUUGGUAAUAAGUCAACAACCAGUGAGACAUAUGACUACGCUUCAGUGUACAGGGAUAAAGAUCCUUCAACACAACUUGAUUUUCAACAAAAACAGACUUACAAUGGGGAAAAUGAAGAUCCGACCAGCAAAAUAUAUCGCAAAGAUAUAGCUGGAACGAACGACUUCUCUAGCAUGGAUGUGUCUGGUGCUGCCUAUCCUACACAAGCAAUGCACCUGACCACUGGCAGGGAGAGUGCAGGUACCAAACCUAAAGGCACUAGGCUUGAGCGAGCCAUUCGGGAUCUCCAAAAGAUUGCUGCUAAUUACAAAUCGCCAGCUAUUGAUAUUAGUGAGGCUGACCCAAAUGUUCAGGCAUCAGCUCAAAGACGCUUGCCUCCAGAAGUAAAGCAAAAGCUUGCCAAGGUUGCAAGGCUAUCGACAAAUCAUGGAAAGGUACAAGAAAAUGAGUUGAUGGAUCGGCUCAUGGGCAUAGUUGGACACCUUGUUGUGCGUAGGACACUGAAGAGAAACAUGAAGGAAUUGGUAAAAUCAGGACUCUCUGCUAAACAAGAGAAGGCUGGUAGGCUGCAGCAAGUAAAAAUGGAGAUCAAUGAAAUGGUCAAAGCAAGUAUGGCUGCCAAGGCCAAGGUCAAUGAACAACAAGAUGGCUCAGCUGAUGAUUUUCAGACUGUCACUGAUGAAAGAAGAGAUUUGAAAGGAAAGUCUGCAAUGGAUAGUGCACUGGAGGACAGAAUAUGUGAUCUGUAUGAUCUGUAUGUUGAGGGUAUGGAUGAAGACAAGGGUCCUCAAAGCAGGAAACUAUAUGUUGAGCUUGCAGAAUUAUGGCCACAAGGUUACAUGGAUAAAUUUGGAAUCAAAGAUGCCAUAUCUAGAUCAAAGGAGCGAAAGGGAACAUUACACAACCAACAGAAGGUUCAGAAUGAGGAGAAACUGAAGCGGAAAAGGCUGGCUGCGGCAGCGAAACUGCCAGAUAGCUACCCUGUUGUAACACAAAGCACAGCGGCCGUGCAAGUCGCACAUCCAUCCAUGUCCAACCCCGUUACAACAUACCCUGUGACCGACUAUGGACAGAACCAGGUCCCGAAAAGUCUUGAAAGGGUUCGCGAAACUAGCUCAAGUGCAAUAGCUGACGAGAGCAGCAAAAAUGCUGGUGACAUGAAGAAGAAGAAAAGGAAGUCGGAUCCUGAUGUUGUCGAUACACAAGCCAACAUUGUUACCAUGCCCACCGUGCUUGGUCUCCCUUUCUAUGACCAACAACCAAGCUGAUUAUUUCGCUGUGACAUCAGAUUACUUUAUUUCUGCUCGUAAACUUUUGGGGGGUGGUGUGAGAAAAUACCCCUGUAGAGAGAGCAUGCCAUUUUGUAAUCUCUCCCGGUUAACAGAGUUCGGUUCGACCCCUUUGUAUCGGUCGUAACUUGUAAAGCAUGAGUUUAUCUGUUACCGUUAAGAUGUAAAUUCAGAUUGGGAAUGUGGUAGAA